AUUGUGAGAGUUUAGUGUGUAAUUCCAUUCGUGAAGUUUGGUGAAGUGAGAACCUUAAGAUACCAUCUUCACUAAUGAGAGAUUUUUCGAUACAAUUUGAGGUUAAGACCUCCUACAUAAACAGGAACUUCUCUGUAUAUAAAGCCGUCUUGAUGCCCUUCACUGCCUCAGACUUCAGCUUUCACUCUAUUAUGUAAUAUCUCUCUAAUGCUUCAGAAUAAAUUUGUUGCAUGUGCGGAGUUGUGUGUGUUCUGGCCAAGUUGAAGUCUGGAAGAGCGUGUUCUUACAGUUUUGUACAAGAAUAAUGACCCCCACUUGGAUUUUCUGCAUUUUCUUGGCUUUUUCAGUGCAGGUUAAAGCCGCUUCACAGGGGCGCAUCUGUGUGACAGAUUACUGGCAUACCAUCAGCUGCUCUUUAAAACUACCAAUCACAUCCGCUAGAAACAUAUCAUACUGGCUGGAGGCUCAUUCGAUCAUCGGUAACCAGGAUUAUAGCUGCCAACUUCAGCGAGUACAUGAAGAUCACAUCUGCAAUUUCACAGUAGAUGUAGGCUUCAGGAGUUUUGAUAAAUAUACUAUGACACUUCACUAUUUGGAAAAUGGAACUGGGAAUUCAUCUCUGUUGGAUGCUUCUUUUAAGCCAGCAAAGAAUAUUAAAACAAAAACCCCAUUUAAUCUGACGUUACAAUAUGCAAAUGGGACGUAUCAUUUCUUUUGGAAGAGUGGAUAUGAAAAACAUACCUUCCGAACUGCUCUACCCAUCAUAUAUGAAUUCAAGUACUACAAAGAUGGAGAUCCCACAAGUGAGGUCAUUGUUCACCCAGAAAAAGAAAUGAUUCAGACUGAGGAAAUGAAGCUUGAUCCGGACACUAUGUACGCUGUGAUGGUGAAGAGUAAGGUAGAUGACAGACAGGUCUACGGUGGAACGUGGAGCGACUGGAGCAGCACUGUGAAAUGGAAAACAGCAUACAGAGGUGAAUACUGUGGUAGCUACUGCUCUAUAUUUACACACAUUUCAAAUAUAUCUCUUAACGUAAAAUCAAAGUUGAUCCAUCCAUGUUUUCUCUUAUUCUUUAAGUCUCUGAUUUUUGUACAAGAUGAACCCAGGGAAGUCAGCAAGAUUGCUAUUGGAAUGUUUGCAAUGGUUGGACUUUUAAUUCUGUUUGUAUCCAUUCCUGCUGCCAGGUAACUGUUUAUCAUAUUCAGCUAUUGCACCUCCAAUGAUUACAAACCCGAAUCCAAAAAAGUUGGAACACUGUACAAAUUGUGAGUAAAAAAGGAAUUGAAUAAUUUACAAAUCUCAUAAACUUAUAUUUUAUUCAAAAUUGAAUAUAGAUAACAUAUUAAAUGUUGAA